AUGUAUUUUCCCUUCCGAUUGCCUCUCCUUGCUCCACUCUAUAAUUUACAGGAUUGGAGAGGAGUGAGCACCCUGAUGAAGACUCACGGUGAUCCAGAGACCAAAUCUCUACGAAUUUCAAUGCUCUACUAUAAUGUUCUGGUGGUGAGUGAUAGGGAAAUGUUGAAGGAAUUGUUCACCUCCAAGCAAUCCUUCUUUGAAAAGCCAUUCUUUGAGUAUGACAUGUUGAGUGUCUUUGGUGAGAAUAUUUUGACUGCCUUAAGAACUGAAACUUGGAAGAAACAUCAUGCUGCAUGUAAUUUGGCAUUCAAUGAUGAUAAUUUGAGAUUUGUUUGUGAGAAAUCUAUUGAAACAUCUGAUUUAUUAUUCGAAACCAAGUGGAAAAAUCUUGAGAGAGAUCGUGAUGGUUGUUUUAUUAUUGAGCCAAACAUUGAUUUUUCAAAUGUUACUUUGGAUGUUUUGGGUAAGGCAGGAUUUGGAUUUUCUUUUGGAAUAUUUGCAGAAGAUAAUGAAGGAAGAGACUUUACCAAAUCUCUCAAUUAUAUCAUUGAUGUUGGCGUUGUGUUGAGAAGAUAUAUUCUCAUCAAUUAUCCUUCAUUGUAUCCAUUGGCUUGCAAACUUUCAGGUUUGGAUAAGGCAGUCGAAAAGGUUCAUGGUGUCCUAUUGAAAUGUGUCAAUGAGAGAAAGAGAGAAAUUGAAGAAAUGGGUGCUGAUUAUGACCAUAAGGAUAUUUUGAGUUUGUUAGUCAAGGCAAAUACUCAAGACAAGUUACUGAGUGAUGAUGAGCUUAUUAGUAAUGCUUUUGUAUUGAGUGCAGCUGGUUUUCACACCUCUUCCACUACUUUGCAGUGGAUUAUUUAUGAAUUGUCAAGAAAUGAGGAAAUUCAACAGAAAGCAAGACAAGAGGUUUUCAACUUGUUGGGAAGAAAGAGAGGAGCAACUAUGGAUGAUUAUGAAAGUUUCCAAUAUUUGAAUGCUGUAAUUAUGGAAUCGUUGAGACUUCAUCCACCAGUUACCAGUGUUAUCAAACAAGUUUGCAAGAAGGAGACCACACUUGGUAAAUUCACAAUUCCAAAAGAUACUGAAAUUGAUAUUUUUAUUGGAGGAACUCACUUGGAUGAAAGAUAUUGGAGUGAACCAUCUAAAUUUGAUCCAAAUAGAUUUUUAAACACUGAAGGUCAACUGGAAAGAAGAAAUGAUUUUACAUUUAUUCCAUUCUCAAAGGGUUUGAGAAAAUGUAUUGGUUUUAGAUUUGCUGAGAGAGAAAUUUGCAUGGUAUUAUCCAGAUUAUUGCAAAAAUAUCAAUUUUACAGUUUGAGCGAUGAGGAAGUGGAAGAAAAUGUUGGAAUUACUGUUGCUCCUUUAAAUUUAAAGAUCAAGGUUAAACCAAUUCAAUAAAUUCAAAAUUGAAG